UGGCGGCUGCGCAGCGCGAACGGCUCCGUGGCGCUGCGGGGCGACGUGCCGGGCUGCGUCCACAGCGCCCUGCGCCGCGCCGGCCUCAUCCAGGAUCCAUACUAUAGAUUUAAUGAUGUGAUGUACAGAUGGAUCUCGCUGGAUAACUGGACUUACAGCAGGACAUUCAAAACUCCUUUUGAUGUCAGAAAGUGGCAAAAAGUGAAUUUGGUUUUUGAGGGAGUGGAUACAGUAGCAGAAAUACUGAUCAACAAUAUCACUAUUGGCAGAACAGACAACAUGUUCAACAGAUAUAGCUUUGAUAUUACCCGCAUUAUUAAGGAGGUCAAUUUUGUUGAAGUCCGUUUCUUAUCAGCCAUUUCAUACGCAGCAGAGCAGAGCAGAUGCCACAAGGGAUACAGAGUCCCCCCGGCGUGCCCUCCACCUGUGCAGAAAGGAGAGUGCCACGCUAAUUUCAUCAGAAAGGAGCAAUGUUCCUUUAGCUGGGACUGGGGCCCUUCUUUUCCCACUCAAGGAAUUUGGAAAGACGUUAGGAUCGAGGCCUAUAACCAUUACCACUUGAUUUACUUCACUUUGACUCCCUUCUUUGAUAAGAGUGCUCAGCAGUGGAGUCUUCAGAUUGAGUCUAUAUUUGAUGUAGUCAGUUCCAAGCAGAUUUCGGGUCUUGUGACAGUGAGCAUCCCCAAACUGCAAACGCAGCAAACGUUCAGUGUGAAGCUUCAGCCUGGAGAAGGCAGCAUUGUGCUGCUUGUAAACAUCAACAAGAGUGCUACAGUGGAGACGUGGUGGCCAAAUGGACAUGGAAAACAAAUUGGUUACUACGUGGCAACCGUUUUCACCAUGGAGGCAGGACACAAGGUUGAGAAAUUUUCCAAGGCUUAUUUUCGGACAAUAGAACUUAUUCAGGAGCCUAUUUCUGGGUCACCGGGUCUCAGUUUCUACUUCAGAAUCAAUGGCCGACCCAUUUUCAUGAAGGGCUCAAACUGGAUACCAGCAGAUUCAUUCCAGGACAGAGUAACCUCUGACAUAUAUCGGCUACUCUUGAAGUCUGCAGCAGAUGCUAACAUGAAUGUCCUGCGGGUCUGGGGAGGAGGAGUUUAUGAACAAGAUGAAUUUUAUGAUAUUUGUGAUGAACUUGGAAUAAUGAUUUGGCAGGACUUUAUGUUUGCAUGUGCGCUGUAUCCAACUGAUCAGAAUUACUUGGAAUCGGUGAGAGCAGAAGUUACUCAUCAGGUAAGGCGUUUGAAAUCCCAUCCAUCAAUUAUUUUGUGGAGCGGCAACAAUGAAAACGAAGCGGCAAUUGCUGGCAAUUGGUUUUCCAUACCUCAUGCUGACAGAGAAGUCUAUAUCAGAGAUUAUGUGAUGCUUUAUGUGAAGAACAUCCAGGAAAUUGUUCUUUCUGAAGAUAAGAGCCGUCCUUUUAUUGUAUCCAGUCCCACAAAUGGUUUGGAAUCAGCUAAAGAAGGUUGGAUCUCCCAAAAUCCUUAUGAUACCCACUACGGUGACACUCACUUCUAUGACUAUGAGAGUGACUGCUGGGACUGGACGCAUUAUCCUAAAACUCGUUUUGCUUCAGAAUAUGGAUUUCAAUCCUGGCCUUCUUUCAGUACCCUGGAAAAGGUUUCUUCUGCAGAGGAUUGGUCCUACACAAGCAAUUUUUCUCUCCAUCGACAGCACCAUAAAAACGGCAAUGAUGAAAUGAUUCAACAGAUUGAGCAUCAUUUCAAGCUUCCCCAGAGCACAGAUCCUGUUAAAAAGUUCAAAGAUAUGAUUUAUCUCACUCAGGUGAUGCAGGCACAAUGUGUAAAGGCAGAAACUGAAUUCUAUCGCUUCAGCCGAAGUGAAAUAAUCAAGGGAGAAGGACACACAAUGGGUGCACUGUAUUGGCAGCUCAACGAUAUCUGGCAGGCACCUUCAUGGGCCUCUUUGGAGUAUGGUGGUAAGUGGAAACUGCUCCAUUACUUUGCCCAGAACUUCUUUGCACCCUUGUUGCCCGUGGCUUAUGAGGAUGGAGGUGUCUUGUUCAUUUAUGGGGUCUCAGAUCUUCACACGGACCAUCAGCUGACACUCAGGGUCAGCGUGCACGCGUGGAGUUCCUUGGAGCCGCUGUGCACCCUCAUUGAGAACAACGUGACCGUGAAAGCCCAGAGCGCUCGCCCCMUCUACAAGGAGCCCGUAAGCGACCUGCUGCGGAGAUGCGGGAACUGCACCAGGACAGGCUGUGUUGUCACCUUUGACCUCGUGGGACAAGGGGGGCUCCGCAGUCCCACGAACUACCACUUCCUGUCGUCACUAAAGGAUGCUGUGGGAUUGGAAAGGACUCAGCUUAGUGCUAGCAUAUCCCAACAAGACAGCGUUUAUAUAUUGGAUCUUCAGACCACUGCAGUUGCACCUUUUGUUUCUCUGGAUGUGGGGAGUAUAAAAGGCAGGUUUAACGAGAACGGGUUUCUCAUGACUGAGAAGAGGAAAGUGGUCGUGUUCCAGCCUUGGGAGCCCACCACUGUUGAACAGCUACAACAAUCUCUGAGCUUGACCUCUCUGACAGACGUCAUCUGAGGACGUCUCCAUGCCUUCUAGAUGAGGAGUGAAGUAGUUGCAUUCUUCUGCAUUUUCCCUCUUCUUAAAAGCUGGUGUGAUGAAAGACAUGAGCUGACUGGAGAAUGUAUUGCCCAUUCCUGUCAUGUGUGGAUUUUAAUUGCUCUUUCAAUGUAAAGAUACCAACAACAAAGCUUACCUAUGUUAUAUGUGAUGCAUUUAAAGUAAAGCUUUCUUAGGUAACUGGAAAAAUAUAUCCCAGAUAAAAAUUGGGAGGGAUGGGUUGGUGUAAGAGAGCUAGUGUGAGUCUUCCAGUUCACUAUGGAUUUGUCUGAUUAUGGGGUGGUGCAUUCAUCCUGAGYGAGGCUGCACAAAUGUGCAUCCCCCAGACCACUGGUUUGAGCUGUUUGCAGAUCCCAGUCCUGCUUCCCUCCUGUCUGCAGCUGCUUUUCCAUGAAGGUGUCCCAGCUGCCUCCUGCAGGGCAGGUACUCCAAGAAGACCCAAACCUGGACUGCCCACUCAGGUAUCAGGCAGAUCCUUUCUACUUUCUACACAGGGAAGGAGUAUGAGACUUGCUUUGUUGCUUCAUGCAACAUGGAGCAAAAGCCUUUGAGAGCUCUGUGUUUCCUCACUGCUCCCACACAGCUGCAGCCCCAAGCCCAUGGGGCUGCUGAAAUGCUUAGCUGUGAGCGUUGAGGGUCUGGCCCUCAGGAAGGCAGUGGCUGGAAGUGCAGGUGAGUGAGCCUGCCCCUGUCAGGCUGUUGAAAUUCAGACUUGUUUUCAGUCUGUUUUGAAACAUGCCUGGUGUCUUGCUCAGGUCCCACAGGGAACGUGUUGCAGUUUGCAGGAGAGCACAGGGAGGAGCCAGCACCUUACGCAGGAGCUGCUGGAACUGACUGUGCUGCUGUUGCCCGUGUCGCUGGAGUGCCCAUGCGGAGAGUGGCCCCUCUGGAGCUGCGCUGUGGUUCCUGGGGCCUGAGGUGAGCUCAGAGCUGCGCUUCAUCAAAGCUCCAGCUUGGGUCACGAAAGCGGCCGCAGGGGAGCGACAGCAGCCAGACCCUGCUGUGUGUGGCAUCGUGGAGCCCAGGCCCUGCUCUGCAGUCUCGGGGAAAAGUGUUGAAUGGUUUCAGCUAGCCAGAAGAUGUGAUCUGCUGCCCUGCUGUCUGCUGUUGCCUGCUGACAGAGCUGGUCGGGCUGGAUGGGAUGAGAAACACAGUGCUCUGUUGGAGGUGGCGCUGUCACCGCACUCCAGCAUCAGGACAUGGCCCAGCAAAAGUGUAAAUGAGGAAGUCCUGCUACAACAAAGCAUUUCUGGAAGCAGUAAGCAGCUCUGCAGCGUGUGUGUGAAAAACUGGAAAAUCUAGUGGCAGUCCAAGAAAGCAAGAAUAGAUAUUUUUCUMUUCUCUCCAUAUAUACAAUACAUGAUAUUAUAUAUUUGUCCAAAAAAUAUCUAUGUAAUAUAUAUCCAUAAUAUCCAUCUAAUCUAACUAAUAUAUAUCCAUACAUAUAUAAUAUUUCUCCAAGAAAGCUUGUAUCCUGCUGUCUGUCUUACCUGUCUGUCCUUUUGAGGAGAAGGGUGGUGAUGGAGAGGGAAGAGCUUCUGUAGCGCUGUCCUCCCGGGGCAAGUGGCACUGAGAGACAGGUAGCGCUUCCUGAAUGACUUGAAUGGCUUCAGUGUGGCCCAUCUGCCUCAGAGCAGCCAGCAGCUCCUGGAUGGUGCCACCGGACACCUACGGGAGAAGACGACACAAGAUGUCACCACAGUUGAGGUGUUGUCAUGUCCCUGUGUACCGCUGCUGUCUGCACUCUACAGGUGGAACCAUCAAAAGCAGAGUUUGAAGGACCAAGGAAAGAAGGRCCCUUACAUAUAAGCUGGCAUUGAGUCUUCCUCUUGGCUCAGGCAGAGCAUGUGGGAUGAAGUAAGGGGGUGYUGCUGCUCAUUAGUAUCAGAGAAAGUUAUUCAGUGUUAGUUACAGGCCAAGCAUACCCUCUGAGCAAUGGGUGGAUUGGCUUUCUAUUUUAAAAAUGAAAAAACAAGUAUAAUGACCUAAACAAAGAACUGGAAAAUGUUGCAAURAACACUCAAAACUUCAUGUUGCUACAGUGGAAUGAAACAGGAGAUGCUAGGAAGCUCAUAAGUCACUGAUGUUUUUCUUUGUCUUUAUGGUAUUCUAACAAUUCUCAAGUGUAAGGUCAUCUCUGCUUCUUUAGAUACAAGAAAUUUUAAUAAAUAAGUCUCAAUAUUUUCUUUAAGUGCUUGGGAGAUUUUUUGCCUGAUGCAAUGUUUCAUAUCCAUUAGAUGGUGCUAAAGAGAAGCACAGCCUCGUGGAAGUGGGACUUCUGACUAGAAAUAAACCUUCAUGCUUUUAACACCUGCUUUCUUCUGUGUUAAGUAAGCUCACUGGGACCUUCCUUUCUAUGCACAACCUUCCACUCUGAAUUUACACUGUAAAAUCCCACUGCCAGGUAAUCCAUAUUUUCAUACCUGC